AUGUGCUAUGAUUGCGGGAAGUUCGGUCACAUUGCUCGGAAGUGCAGCAAGCCGGACAGGCGGGAGCAAAAACCGGAGCAGAAGAAGGUGGGAAAACCUCCCAAGGGUGUGGCCUUUAGCAUCAUUGAGGGAGUGUCGACCGACGAGUGGCUCGUCGAUUCGGGUAGCUCCCAACACCUGACUAGGGACAAUAGCCUAUUUCACGUGAUGUAUGUCCCGGGGGUGGCGGCGGAUUUGAUCUUGGUGAGCAAGGCCACCGAGGUUGCGGAGAAGUUCGACGUGCGCGACCUGGGGGAGGCAAAAUACUUCCUCGGCAUGGAGCUGACGCGCGAUAGGGAGGCGCGCACCCUAAAGCUAACUCAAAAGAAGCUGACGGGGGAGCUUGUCGGACGAUACGGACUAGCGAGCGCUCGGGCGCGCUCGGUGCCUCUCGGAACAGGGGACAAAUUAACCAAAGAAGGUGAACCUCUCGACACAAAGCGGUUUCCCUACGUGGGUGCGCUUGUGCGCCUUAUGGCGGGGCCGACGGAGGAGCACUGGCGGGCGGCGCUUGGAGUUGUGCGCUACCUGGCGGGUACGGCUGAGGACGGAGUAACCUUUGGGGGGAGCGGAGAGGCUCUCAUGGCUUAUUGCGAUGCGAAUUACGCGGGUGACGUGGACACAAAGCGGUCCACAACGGGGUACGUCUUCUUGAUGUAUGGGGGGGGGCGGUCGAAGCACAUUGACGUGAUUCAUCACUUUGCACGGGAGCGUGUGGCACGCAAGGACGUUGCGUUGGCGUACUGCGGGACGGAGGAAAUGAAGGCGGACAUCAUGACCAAGGCGUUAGCACCGGGGAAGUUCAAGAAGUGCAAGAGCCAGAUAGGAAUUGCAUAA